UGACUCUCACUCGUCGGUUUGGUGAUUUUUUCCCAGCUUGUCACUUAACUGCAGCCGUUGUGGCAACCCCGUUUUGUUCAGGUGAUCGGUAAAAAGUUUGCCCACAAGAAAAUGUCUGUUGAUAAAGACGAGACGCAUCAGAGGUUAAAGGCAGCAGUCCAUUAUACUGUGGAUCGGAUAUGUCAGAAGACCGGAGCGGACCACCGGAGAGAGUUCAGUCGACAAGUCAUAGCAGCGAUAACGGAGACGGCAGUCAGACAAUGUGAUAUAUUUGCUAAAGACCUGGAGGCCUUUGCAAGGCAUGCAAAACGAAGCACAGUGUCUAUGGAAGAUGUAAAGCUUGUAGCCCGUCGCAGUACAGCACUGUCCAACUACAUACAAAAUAAAAGUGAAGAACUGAACCAGGAGCAGAGGGAUUUGAAAAAGAAGAAUACUGGGAAGAGGAAGAGCAGAGAAACUGAGGAGGAAAGCAGAGAAUAAGGACAAGACACAGGCAGGCCUGCAGUGUCUCACGUGUGUGCAACAUUCAAAUAAACAUGAAGGCUGACUAAUACAUGACAGUGAGUUGGGUGUCAUCAAAGGUGCCAUAAUCAUUCUUUCAUGGGAAUUAUGCAUUACCACUUUCAAGAAUUCAAGCAUGAGGUAUUUCAUUUAUGACAGUAUUAUGCACUUUCUGCAGAUUGAGAGCAAAAAAAACUCCCCACUUAUCUGACCUGGGGCCUGCUGAUGUUAAUGUGAUGUUUAACAUAAAAUGAUCACGCAUCAACUAAUUUGAAAGUAGGUUCUUUUUUUUAAGCACUGUUAGAGUGACAGACUACAAGAACUCUCCACUAUU